GAGAAGCACCCCACCGAUGACACGAGACUCCACUUAUCGAUUCUGACCAACAACCAUCUCAUGCGAUGGCCCAACCUUGGUGGAAAAGCUCGACGGUGUACCAGAUCUACCCUGUUUCUUUCUUCGACUCGAACGGAGAUGGUUUCGGUGACCUGAAUGGGAUUGCAGCCAAAUUAGAUUAUCUCAAAGAACUCGGUGUCGAUAUACUGUGGCUUUCGCCGAUUUACAAGUCGCCUCUAGCGGAUAUGGGUUAUGAUAUAUCGGAUUAUCGCGACAUUGACCCCAAGUAUGGCACAUUACAAGACUGGGACAAUCUCUUGAAAGGCGUACAUGACCGCGGAAUGAAACUAAUGAUGGACUUGGUCGUCAAUCACACCUCGGAUGAGCACGAAUGGUUCGUCCAAUCUCGAAGCAGCAAAGACGACCCCAAACGGGACUGGUACAUCUGGCGUCCUCCGAAAUACGACUCUGAAGGGAACCGUCGUCCGCCUAAUAACUGGAGAUCUGUUUUUGAAGGUUCGGCAUGGGAUUAUGACCCUGCCACGGACGAAUACUAUCUUCAUCUGUAUAUUUCGAAACAGCCUGAUCUCAAUUGGGCCAACCCUGCUGUACGUGAAGCUGUAUAUGACUUGAUGAGGUUCUGGCUUGAUCGUGGGUGUGAUGGUUUCAGGAUGGAUGUGAUCAACAUCAUCUCCAAAGUCGAUGGUCUCCCCGAUGCGCCUGUUCUGGACGCCAAUGAAACCUUCCAGCCAGCCGGUGUGCAUUUUGCUAAUGGCCCGCGUGUUCAUGAGUACCUGAAAGAAAUGAGGGACAAAGUUCUGUCACAAUACGACGUUAUCACGGUUGGCGAGACGCCUUUCACAGAUUCGAUGGAUGCAUUGGCGCUGUAUGUUUUACCGGACCACAAAGAAUUGAAUAUGGUCUUCCACUUCGAACUCAUGGAGCUAGACACUCCAAAGACCGUGAAGGACUGGAGUCCUUUGAUGCACCGACAAUGGAAACUGUCCGAAUUGAAGGAUAUCAUUAGCAGGUGGCAAGUUUUCAAGAGCGAUGACGGAUUUUGGAACGCUAUCUUUAUUGAGAAUCACGACCAUCCGCGCGCCGUCUCCAGAUUUGGGAACGACACGACAGACGAGCUACGCGCUCUCUCAGCCAAGAUGUUGGCUAUUCUGGAAGUGACUCAGAAGGGCACGCUGUACAUCUAUCAAGGGCAAGAAUUGGGUAUGAAGAAUUUCCCGUCAAGCUGGAAGCUCGAGGAAUACAAGGAUGUCGCUUCGCAGAAUUAUUGGAAUAGAGUCCUGGAGCGGCGCAUCCGUGAGACAGGUAAACAAGCUAAUGAGAUCGACAUGGAAGACGUCUUUGAGGGUUUCCGAAGAAAAGCACGCGAUCACGCCCGUGUACCGAUGCAGUGGGAUUCGUCUACGAAUGCGGGAUUUAGCAGUGGCGUACCAUGGAUGCGUGUAAAUGAAGAUUACAAGACAUGGAACGCCUCGCGUCAGCUUGACGACGAGGGUAGCGUGUUAUCAUUCUAUAAACGCGCUCUUCAGGUCCGCAAACAGUACCCCGUUCUAAUUUUUGGCGAGUACGAGCUCCUCAUCCCAGAACACGAGCAGGUCUUUGCGUACAGAAGGUCAUUAGCAGAGUCAGGGGUACAGGCGCUGGUGUUACUUAACUUUAGCGACAAGAUGGUGCAGUUCGACUUGCCUGUGGAGAAGGGGCCCGACAAUAUGAAGCUGGUGCUGGGGAACUAUGAUGAGUCCGAGAUCGAUAAUUUCACGCUUAGGUCGUAUGAAGGUAGAGUCUAUGUGUCGUCCUGAAUCUACAUCGUAUACAGGUGGAACGCGUCGAUAUGGAGGAGGCUACUUUAAAGCUUUGAAUGUUUUUUUAUCUCGCCUUCGAGCAGUAAGAAAUUCACCCUGCUUUGUAUUCGCUUCUUAUGUAUUUGAGGGCCGGCUGUGUUAUCCCUGUUAGGAA